AUGGGGCGCCCUGCGGCGCUAGCAACCAACGGCUCUCUUAGCAACGGCCGGCUCCUAGAGAUGACGUCAACCACGCAGCACCGCCUCCAGGCGGCGGGACCGAGUGUUGGCCGGAAGCGGUUCGCUCACGCGUGGUCCCAGGUGGCUGCAGAGGGCCUGGGGCAGGAGAAGGGGAAGUCCGACGUGAGGGGCUGGCAAUCGUCCACGUGGGUGUUUGGGGGGGUGCUCGUGAAGUGCGCCGUGGAGGGGACCGGGACAGACCCUCGGGCUGUGCCACAGUGGCGAGAGUGUGCCGUUUGUGGCUUUGUAAUGAUGCCAGAACAAAAGAAGAAAAGAUCUGAAGUGUCAGAGAAAAAGAAAAGGAAAUUAAAGAAGCUGGUGACAGGAGAGGAGCCCCUUGUACAGGAGAAGCCCCUGAAGAAGAAGAAGAAACUGAGUGCCAAGAUAUCCUCAGACGCUUUGAAUACAGAAGUUUCCCGGGUGGAUACAGCAAGUGAUGAGGAAAAGGAAGAUGAGCAGGAACUGACCCCAGAGGAAAGGAGAACCUUGGAAAGAAAACUGAAGAAGGAAAAGAAGAAAGAAGAAAGGAAGCAACUUCGGGAAGCAGGGAUUCACGUUGUAAAAGAAAAUCCUCAAAAACCGUCUGGAGCUGAGUUGGCCUUGGACUACCUCAUUAGCUGGGCCAGUAAGCGUGAGGAAUGGAAGUUUCAGAAGACAAGGCAGACCUGGCUACUGCUUCACAUGUAUGACAGCAGUAAGGUCCCCGAUAAGCAUUUCUCCAUUCUGCUGGAUUACCUGGAGGGUCUAAAAGGAAGAGCCCGAGAGGUGACGGUGCAGAAAGCUGAAACACUCAUGAAGAAAUUGGACAAUGCAGAGCCUGAAGAUUCAAGUUUACUAGAGAAGAGUGAGAGAAUCCGGCAAGUCCUGCAGCUGCUUUCCUAAAAGGGGACGAGCCAAUGUCUCUGUAGCUCCAUCAGCAGAAGAAAAGUUGUCUUCCCAAACCCCAGGAAAGGAUGGUUCUUCUCUUCUCUCAUGUGAAUGUGUGUGUGUGUGUGUGUGUGUGUGUGUGUGUGUGUGUGUGUGUGUACGUGCACAAGCAACAGAGAGUAUUUUUCUAGCUUUCAGUAUCUGACCUUCUCCCAGGCAGGUUAUCAGGAGAAGGUAAACAUGGCUUUGUUGUUCAAACCUAUUACUUCUGCUUCUAGAUACAAGUUUUGGUUAUGUCUGGUGAUCUCUUUUUUAAGUGAUUUGAUCUUAUCUGGGAUAUAGGAAGAAUGGUCCUUUUGUGUUUUUAAAAUGUUCCUGGAUCGGGGUAUGAUCACCCUUAAGUGAUGUAAAGAGAUCCAAAUCCUUGGCUUUAGAAAGGCCUCCAAAGUCCUAGAAGCUUGGGAGAGAGAGAGAGAGAGAGAGAGAGAGAGAGAGAAUUUUACAAAGGGCUGGUUUUCAGAAAUGGAUACAGAACACAGCCUUUACCCUGCCAGCUGUAAUCCAUCACUGUCAGCAUCGUAUGCAUAUUGUUGGGAUCUGUAUGUCCCACAAGAAGAGAGUAAUAAAUUGUUUUUUUGGUAGUAACCUGUCUGAGUUCAGCA